AUGAAGCCGUCCAGGGCACCUCUGAUCCCUCAUCGACCUUUUGUUGUCGUGUGGAACGCUCCAACCGAGUCCUGCCGCCUUCGAUUCAAAGUUGACUUGGACCUUAGUGUUUUCGACAUUGUAGCAAACCUUAACGAAACCCUAAGCGGACCAAACGUCACCAUUUUCUACCACAGCCACUUGGGAUACUACCCAUACUAUUCCAACUCCGGGGUCCCUAUCAACGGAGGACUUCCACAGAACCAGAGCGUCUCCAAACACCUGAGCAAGGCCCGGGCGGAUAUUGACAAGCUAAUCCCGCACAAGGACUUUCGAGGACUGGCUGUCAUUGACUGGGAGAACUGGAGGCCUCAGUGGGUGCGAAACUGGGGCGCCAAGGUUAUCUACCGCAACAGAUCCAAGGAACAGAUCCGGAAGCUUCACCCGAACUGGCCGGAAAGCAAGGUGGAGAAAGAAGCAAAGGAAGGGUUUGAGAGGGCCGGGCAGUCCUUCAUGAACAUGACCUUAGCCUUAGCGGAAAGUCGCAGGCCGGACGGACUUUGGGGGUUUUACCUUUUCCCGGAUUGUUACAACUACGGGUACAAGACGCACCCUCAACGGUACACCGGCGAAUGUCCCAACGUGGAGCACGUACGCAACGACCAUCUGAUGUGGCUUUGGAAGGGGAGUUCUGCUCUCUACCCGUCCAUCUACCUGGACUACGAACUCAAGUCUUCACCCAACACGGUCAAGUUCGUCCACUAUCGAGUCAAAGAAGCCAUGAGGAUCGCGUCCAUCGCCCGUACCGACUACACGUUGCCAGUGUUUGUCUACUCCAGACCCUUUUAUGCGUACACCUUUGCUGUUCUUUCAGAGAGCGAUCUGAUUCACACCAUCGGGGAGAGCGCUGUCUUGGGAGCGUCAGGAGUCAUCCUCUGGGGAUCAUCAGAGUAUUCACGAACAAAGAGGAACUGCCUGACAGUGAAGAAGUACAUCGACGGUCCGCUGGGACAUUACGUCAUCAACGUGACUUCUGCCGCCAAGCUGUGCAGCAAAGCGCUCUGCAAGAAGAACGGCAGGUGCGUCCGAAAGAGCCUCGACUCGGGCGCUUACCUGCACCUGAACCCACGUUUCUUCCACAUCCGCAGAAACCCAACACCCAGAGGUCCACGCUUCCACGUCAGCGGACACCUCAACAACCACGACAUCCUGGACAUGAAGCACAAGUUCACCUGCCAGUGCUACCAGGGCUGGACAGGUGUUUACUGCGAGAUGCCCCAGGCUCCAAACCCCCCUCCUCCAGAUCAGCCUGCCGUCCCCUUUCCUCACCCCAGGAAGAACUGCCUUCUGGGAGAAAUCAUGCUCCUCAUGUCCCUCCAUUUCUCCUGCCUCUGUACCAUCCUGUUCCUGGGACUCUGUCUGGUUAUCAAGUGUUGGAUAUUGUAG